AUGAGUUGUGCGGUGGUUUCAGGUUCCAAAACCUGCUUUCAUUUGUGUUCAACAACACCGAAUAAGCCCAACAAAAAUUCCAUUCCCGAGAGUUUUUCAAGCAUUUCCUUCAGUUCCCAGUUGGCAAAUUCUAGAAUUCUAUUGAAAACUUCAUCUGGAAAGACUACAAGACCCCAUUCUAGGGCCAGUUUUAAGGCAUUAUAUGCACCAACGCAAAGCACAGACAGUUUCUACGAUGUGUUGGGGAUUACAGAAGGUGGGUCGGUUUCUGAUAUAAAGAAAGCUUAUAAACAAAUGGCAAGAAAAUAUCAUCCUGAUGUGUCUCCACCAGAGCGUGUGGAUGAAUACACCAGGAGAUUUAUCUUGGUUAAAAAGGCUUAUGAAACCCUUUCUGAUCCGCACACCAGAGCUUUGUAUGAUCAAGAUUUAACUAAUGGAUUGGCGUUCAAUUUUUCUUCUGGAAGAGGAUAUGAAUAUAACCAGAGAUGGGACGAGAGAGGGGAUUGGAAAAUAAAGUGGCAAUCUCAACUAAAUGAAUUGAAACAAAGGAAAAAGGACUCAGAAGGAAGAAUGUCUUGGGGAGCUCGAAUGCGAAGCCGAAGAUGA